CUUGACGAACCACGUGGGAAGGAGUUCAUGUUUCGAGAACAUGCCCCACGACCCUGACCCCCCUCCGGCGAAAAAAUUCAAGCCGGGGUCUCCUUUCUUUCGUCUAAAUAAGAAGCCUGGAAUGCUGCUACCUAGAAAAGAAAACGCACCACUCCAAAUAGACGUGCAACGGAAACAUCUCCCCAUUUACCAGGCGAAAUCACAGCUCAUCAACCAGCUGAGACAGCUACACAGUGCUGUCCUAAUAGGUGAGACAGGUUCUGGAAAGACUACCCAGAUUCCUCAGUAUCUGUAUGAAGCUGGCAUUGGGCGACAGGGGAUCGUGGCAGUUACCCAGCCCCGCCGGGUGGCUGCUAUCUCCCUGGCAGGGAGGGUGGCAGAAGAGAAGAAAGCCCAACUCGGAAAACUGGUGGGAUACACAGUGCGGUUUGAGGACGUCACCUCCCCGGAGACCAAGAUCAAGUUCAUGACGGACGGCAUGCUGCUCCGGGAGGCUAUUGGGGACCCCCUGCUGCAGCGCUACACCGUGGUGAUCCUGGACGAGGCCCACGAGAGGACGGUGCACACCGACGUGCUGUUCGGGGUGGUGAAGACGGCGCAGAGGAAACGCAGGGAGCAGAACAAGUUCCCUCUGAAGGUGGUCAUCAUGUCAGCCACUAUGGAUGUGGAUCUGUUCUCCCAGUACUUCAACAAUGCUCCAGUGCUGUACCUGGAAGGGAGACAGCACCCCAUUCAGGUCUUCUACACCAAGCAACCCCAGUCAGACUACCUUCAGGCUGCGCUGGUGUCCAUCUUCCAGAUCCAUCAGGAAGCACCUACGUCACAUGACAUCUUGGUCUUCAUGACUGGCCAGGAGGAGAUCGAGGCGCUCGCCCGUACAUGCCGUGACAUCUCCAAGCACCUGCCCGAGAGCUGCGGCCCCAUGAUGGUCAUCCCCCUUUACGCAUCCCUGCCCCCCGCACAGCAGCUGCGGGUCUUCCAGCCUGCCCCCAAGGGUUGUAGGAAAGUGAUCCUUUCUACCAACAUUGCGGAAACGUCAAUUACCAUUUCAGGCAUCAAGUUUGUCAUUGACACUGGAAUGGUGAAAGCAAAGAAGUACAACCCAGACAGUGGGCUGGAGGUUCUGGCCGUGCAGCGGGUGUCAAAAGCCCAGGCCUGGCAGCGUGCUGGAAGAGCUGGCAGAGAAGACAGUGGGUCCUGCUACCGCCUCUACACGGAGGAAGAGUUUGAAAACCUAACCAACAUGACUGUGCCAGAGAUACAGAGGUGUAACCUGGCUAGUGUAAUGCUGCAGCUUUUGGCUUUACGGAUUCCAGACAUUCUAAACUUUGACUUCAUGUCCAAGCCAUCCUCAGAGGCAAUUAGCACAGCCAUCGAACAGCUAGAUCUGUUGGGAGCUGUGGAACGCAAGGAUGAUCAGGUCAUCCUCACACCCUUAGGGAAAAAAAUGGCAAGUUUCCCCCUGGAGCCCAGAUAUGCCAAGACUAUCCUCCUGUCCCCGGACUUCUCCUGCACAGAAGAGGUUCUGACCAUUGUGUCCAUCCUGUCAGUGGACAGUGUGCUGUACAACCCACCGGGUCGACGAGAGGAGGUCAACUCCGUACGAAGGAAGUUCAUCUCCAGUGAGGGAGACCAUAUGACUCUCCUCAACAUCUAUAGGGCCUUUAAAAACGUAGGCGGAAAUAAGGAAUGGUGUCGAGAAAAUUUUGUUAACAGCAGGAAUAUGGGUCUGGUGGCUGAAGUGCGUUCUCAGCUGAGAGAGAUCUGUGUAAAGAUGGGGAUAACGCUGGAGUCUUCGCGCGCGGACACAGGCAAUGUGCGCCGCUGCCUAGCUCACGGGCUCUUCAUGAAUGCAGCGGAGCUGCAGCCGGACGGCAGCUACAUAGCGCUGGACACCCACCAGCCGGUGGCCAUCCAUCCCUCCUCGGUGCUCUUCCAGUCCAAGCCGGCGUACGUGGUCUUCAACGAGCUCCUGCACACCUCAAAGUGCUACAUGAGGGACCUCUGCCUGGUGGAUGCCGACUGGCUCCAUGAGGCCGCACCCGAGUAUUUCCGCCGGAAACUGCGGGCCACCAAGAGCUAGCCGAGUUAGCCUCUUAGCGCCGUGCCUGCCUUCAGCCCCCAGCAUGCCAGGAAGCAUGAUGGCCAGAAUUUACCUUUCCUUCUGUUCACCUACAGCCGAGUCUGUUUUCGGGUCAGUUCUCUGAGGCACUGAUGGUGUCCAAACAAGAGACCAUGCUAAUUUGAAGGAUAGUGAGAGAGAACAUGCUGUAACAAAAAAAAAAAAUCCUAAGGCUACAAAAUUUCCUCAGGUCUUUCUGACUUCUGUUUCCGUUUUCAUCACAUUGUGUCAUUUUAUGUCAGAUUAAGUAGCAUUCACAGUUAGCUAGCAUGUUAGCUAGCUAAAGUUAUCUGAAAACUUGCCCAAUUUAGUGAUAGGUAAAUAGUUAGCAACCAACCUAGCUAUAGUCAUUAACACACAAGUGAUGUUAUACCGGUAUUUGUAGAUGCAGCUAGCAACCUUAAUUGGCUAAGAGAUCAUAUUGGUAGCUAAUACUGUAUACACAGAUAACAUUAGCUGGCAAGCCUUUGAUUAUGUAAUUCAUUGGUGCCUGAUUGCUCACAAGAUUGCUGGAUAGAACCAGCAAGAUUUCACAACAUUUAAUAAAAGCAAAAUGCAGACAAUAAAAAAAAAUAUUUGCCAAUUGAUACUGUUUUACAUAGGCAGAACAAAUGGCACCUAAUCUGACGUGACACAAUUUGACAGAAGUGGGAGUCGUAAGUACCCGGGUAAAUGUCCUUGCCAGAGUAAAUUUUGACAUUAUAAAGGGACUUCGGUCAUUUUCUAGUCAGUGCAUUGAUUCAUUUCUGAUGCAAAUAUUGUUUUGCACAUAUUAAAACAACCUCAAUUAAACUCCUCUAUUCUGAAGUGCUUUACACAGUUGGCUACUGAGCUAUCAAUCUGCUGGCUAAAAACGUAAGACAAACUAGACUAUGACUAGUUAGUUAUCUUAAAAUUUGAAAUAAAUUCAGUGA